GUUUUUGAGAUACAAGAUACCUGUAGUAAAAAUAUACUUUUAGUAGAUGCAAAUUGAGAAUAUUUUAGGUUUGCUGCAAAGUAUAGUUGAAAUUCCAUCCUCAGUUCUCUUCAAGGCUAAAUUUUUUUCCAAUUAUAUAAUGUUGGAUUGUGAUGGCGACUCAUAGCAAAUUUUGGAGUAAGGGGCCUGGUGAUGAGUGAACUGGACUAGUAAUGCUUGCCAGUUGCCACCCAUUUAGUUCCAACGCAAAAUUCCCUACAACCGGGGAAGUCCAGCAGAUUGGGUGUAACUCUGUCGUGCUUUGAAAAUGUUGAACGUAAUUCGUCAAUACAUCCCCCACGAUUGGGACGAAAUUUUGGGAAGCCGCACCGAUCUGAGUCAAUAUUCAGAUGAGUAUAAAAGUGUUAUAAAUGACGUAAAUGAAGCUUUACAAACGACGACAAUUGCAAAUCGGAGGAUUCAACGAGUGCAAGAUAUUUACGCAUUUGGGCAAUUUCUAAUUCGCGAACAACAAUUACUGAAAUCAGAAUCCACUACUCUGUAUCGGGUCCGCAGAUUUGUCCAAGUGAGUCAAAUGUACGUCAAUAAAGUCGUCGAGUAUAAUUUGGACCAAAGGCGGUGUGGCUUGGGCCAAAGUCUAACCCUGAAUAGAAAAUUGAAUUAUUAUGAUCCAAAUAAAGUCAUUGUUGUUGUUAAAGUCCUGGAGACUGAUCCACAAAGUAGCGAAACGACCGUAAAAAGGUCGUCCGAUUAUUAUGUUGAAUAUAUUGUGCACAUAUAAUUAUGUUCUUUACCCAACUUUGAAUAAACGUUGAUUUCAAUGGGUGCCUUUGUUUGUAUUCAUCCCCUGUUGUCAUAGUCACCACUUGUUUGAAAGUCCCAUUACCACCAUUUUCAACAUGGAACACGACUUUUUAAAGAAGGAAGAAGAAUUGAGAAAACAAAACAAACAAUUAGAAAUGAAAACGAAAGAAAUUCUCCAAAAAGUGGACGACAUUGUGCACAACAUGCGGGACUUUAAACUCGAAGAUAUAAAACCAAUCGAACCCAAAGAACUAAACUUGCCGAGAAGUGUAGAAGAGAUGGGCACAAAGGGAAUGAUCCACUUCUACAAGUCAAAAAUAAAAGCGCUUCAGGAGGACCUCACAAAGACUCAAAAUGAACUCAAAAGCAAGAAUGAAGAACUUAAAAAAUACCAACGUGACCAUCACACCGUCGCUGAAGAAAAGGAAAAAUGGUUCUUGCAGUACAAUGUUGAGAAAAAUGCCAACGUUAAACAAGAAAAACAAAUUGCAGCCUACAACUCGAAGCUACAACUGAAAGAAACCGAAAAUUUGGCAUUAAAAAAAGAAAAUGAGCAGCUUAAAAGUGAUUUCAAAAACAUAUCCAGUGAAUUAAACGCUUGCGAGAACCGUCUAAAGCGCAUUACGCAAGAGCUUGAAAAAAAUAAAACCGCCUUGAAAACUUUAAGACAAGAAGAAAAAGAAACUAAAGAAGCAUUUAAAAAUAAUAUAAAGGAACUCACCGCUACAGUUAAACAAAUCCAGAAACACAAAAAUGAACUACUGCAGGGUUACAAAAAGCAGGUUCAGCUUAUUGACAAUCUUAAAAAGCAAAAGGCCCACGUGGAAUCUUGUAAAGUGUUGGAACUCGCAGACACUGACUUCUUUAAAUUACUAGAAUGGAAACUGGAUUAAGAUGAAAUUCUUUUUUGUAAAAGAGUUUUAUUCUCUCUUGUUACAUACAAAAAUAUAACAAAGGACUUAUUUAAAGAU